GCUCUGCUGGCCACCUGGAACUCAGCCUUGGGCUCUGAGGCUGCUUCCUAUCCCUUGGACUGGCUCCCUUAGUAGUCCUAUAGGUUGAAUCUGAAGAGGACAGGCCAGCCACCAAUGGACCAGCACUGCCGGCACUUGAAUGUGAACAGACAGAAGGAAAAAAGACCUUCAAGGCCUGUCCAAGGCGGGUUUGCGUUUAAAACCAAGUGGGGUGGUCCAGAGCUGCGGCACUGACAACUAUGGCAGUAUCGGUGUUAGCGGCACGGCUGUGGCUCGGAGUAUGGGGAGUGAGGGCCAUGCAAGCUGGAGGCUUUGGCUGCAAAUGGUCAGCUAAUUUCAGCUCUGAGGUGGGCGUGAUCAGGGAAGCCGGUGGGACCUUUGCAAAAAAAGAGAAGGCUGAAGAGGAACAAUACUUCUGAGAGAGCGGACUAAAGAACAGCUGGCAGCCUUGAAGAAACAACAUGAAGAAGAGAUUACUCAUCAUAAAAAGAUUUAUCGUUUGCAGAAAGAAAUUGAGCG